AUGGAUCACUCUGAACGGAGACGCGUCUUCGAUGUAUCAGAGUUCAAGCGCUUCGCGGCCGCAGCUGUCAAUCAGAACGUAGAAGACGUGACUUCCUUCGAAAAACUAGCUGAAGGGGGUUUCAAUCGAACCUUUCUGAUCACGAUGCGUGACGGCUUCCAGUUUGUUGGACGCAUCCCUUAUCCGGUUACAGAGCCGAAGCACCUGGUCGUAGCCAGUGAAGUUGCGACGAUGGAUUUCCUCCGUCUACACGGCAUACCUGUCCCCAAGGUCUACAGCUACUCAGCUACAGCGGAGAACGCUGCUGGCACCGAAUAUAUCUUCAUGGAGUAUAUCCGGGGCACGAACUUGGGUGACGUUUGGUUUGACCUGUCUGAAAAGGCUCGGAUUGCCGUCGUCACUAAACUCGUGGAGCUGGAGUCUCAAUUGUUUGCUCUUGAGUUUCAGGCAAGCGGUAGUCUGUAUCACACCAAGGACUUGCCAGCUGGAUUCGAUAAAUUCGAGGGUCCUAUCGCCAAAUCUGCCCGCGAUGGCGACUUUUGCAUUGGUCCUGACACAAGGCUCCGCAUGUGGUAUGGGAAACGGGGCGAUCUUCAGAUUUAUCGCGGACCACAUAGAGAUCCAACAUCGGCACUUAUUGCUGGGGCCAAGAAAGAAAUCGCAUGUCUGACGAAGUUCGGUCGACCGCUUCACCCCUUCCAACAUCUACGGCGAGAAAUCUACAACUAUCAAAAGCAAUCGCCCUUGGAUCAUCUUGCCAGCCUGGAGAGAUACUUGCAAAUUGCGCCUUAUCUCAUUCCGCAUGACAGCGAAGCUCUUGCCCGACCGACACUACGGCAUCCCGAUCUCCAACCAAACAAUGUAAUUGUCUCGGAUAAACUUGAAAUCACUGGUCUAAUCGACUGGCAACACUGUGCAAUACUCCCGCUCUUUCUGCAGUGCGGUAUCCCAAAUAGCCUCCAGAAUUACGGUGACGCCAUCUCAGAAUCGCUUGAAGUGCCCGAAUUACCACCCAAUUUCGACGACUCAAGCGAGAGGGAACAAUUCGAGCAGGCCGUGCUCCUACGACGGCGUCAACUGCACUACUACUAUAUUGCAAAGACUGCACGACUAAACUCGGUUCAUUACAACGCCCUAGCCCACGACUUCAGCAUAAUAAGACGAAAACUCUUUGAUCACGCGAGUGAACCCUGGGAAGGCGAUAACGUCACAUUGAAAGCUGACCUCAUCUAUUUAAUGGAGAACUGGUCGCGCAUCACCGCCCCAGAAUCAAGCGCAAGGGGUGAUUCGAAGGUUCCUUGUCCGAUAUCUUUCACAGAAGACGAGGUGACCGAGUGCAAGCGUCUGCAUACUGCGCAGACUGAGGCAGACGAGCAGCUCCAGACCUGUAGGGAUGUUGUUGGCAUCGGCCCGGAGGGAUGGGUACCCUUAGAGCAGUACGAAGAGACUAGGCAACGUGAACGAAAGCUCAAGGCCGCCGCGCUUGACUUAGCUGAGUCGAACGAAGAAAGAGCGAGGCUCGAAGAGCAUUGGAUCUUUGAAGGGCUGCUGAAGGCAGGAAAGUUCCUAGGCUCUGUCUCCGCUGCACCCGCGCUCCGUCCUCUUAACCUCUUCCCUGAGUCUAUCCGACGAGCCAAUGGAGGGCCGUUCGGCGAUGCCAACGCCAUCCUACUUCUGAAAUCGCUCGCACUGCUCUUUCCUCACACUUUCCGUCUUGAAGACUACCUUACGGAUGCCGCUCUCGAUCUGCUUCCACUUCUAAAUCAAGGCUGUAUUCUUGUUGCAAACGCAUUAUACGGCAACUUCACCAGCGCACAGAUGUUCAAGAAGGUUACUUGGUACGAGCAUCCAGAUGUUGUCGACUGGCAAAAGCGCUACAAUGGCGCUGGUCCGCACGCUCUCGCUGCACCUAUGCUUGUUGUUCAGGGCAUCGCCGACGCUUUGGUGUACGCAGUCAACACCAGGAGUGACUUCAACCGCACUUGCAGCGCUUUCCCAGAGUCUCGUGUGUCGCUACUUUUGUACCCGGAGGUCGAUCACUUGGGUGCCUCGAUGGUCACAGUCCAUGACUAUCUUGCUUGGAUUGAGGAUCGCUUCGAUAGCGUGAAGGUGCCGGAAGGCUGUCAUACUCACACGUUAGAGACGAUUACGAACGCGUUCAGAACUGCGGUAUCCUACUACAGUGGAAGUUAG